AGAGUGAAAAGAAGAUGAAAACUACGGUAUUAACUGCUGCUCUUUUACUGUCAGGAAUCCCUGCAGAAGUGAUUAGUCGCUCCAUGGAUACCUAUAGCAAAAUGGGAGACAUUUUCACAGAUCUCUGUGUUUAUUUCUUUACUUUUAUCUUCUGCCAUGAACUGCUUGUUUUUUUUGGUUCUGAAGUGCCGUGAUGGCUGUAGAACUCAAUACAGUAGUUGCAUAAAAGUUUUCCGUUCUGUAUUCCUAUAAUAUCGCUGGAUAUGCCACACAGGUUUAUACCUUACUUAAUUCUUACCUAUUCAAAUGCUUGAAAACGGUUAAAUCCACUCAUAUGAAUGGAAGAACAGGGUCCCAGAUUUGGGGUUGUAUUAGUACAGUUUAUUCAAUUUCUAAUGUGGAGAUUAGAGUGCAAGUGUCAGUGAUUUAUGUCUUUUGCUUAUUUAGUUAGAUGUCCUUUUCACCGUACCCCAAGCAUCACUUACAUUGUGUCACUUUCUUGUUGACUUGGUAGUGUGAGAACACAACAGAACUGGUGUGCUCUCAACAGAACUAUUUAUACAUUGUGACAGGGCUUACCUAAAGUCUGCCCCCUGUGUAUUACUUCUGUUUUUUAAAAUUUAAAUAAAGUAAAAUGUACCCAGACAUUCUGUUGUUCAAACUUUGAAUGUUGAACAAAAAUAGCCUCAGCCCAUACGCCUGCUGCUUCUGCAGCAGUUUGGUGAUGUGCCACCUCAUUGUCUUGCUCUCAGUUGAAGUCCUCAUUCUCUCUGUGCAUAAGUUAUUUGUUGUAGCCAUGACUGAUUUCAAGUGAGGAAACCGGAGCAAAACUACUAAGCAAAAAAAUCCUGUUGUCCUACAAAUGUCGUUCUUCAAGAAGUAAGAAGACAUAGAAACUAUGCUAAUCUCAUAAUGUUUCCCUGAGCAUUUGGCAGCUCUCAGUUAUCCUAUUAGUUAUCCUAACCCUAGUUUUACCCACACUUUCAUCUUGACCUCGGUUUACUACUCUCUCUAGAGGGUUCACUUUCUACAGUGAAAGCAGCACUCAAGAAGCCCGAGUCUAAAGCAGUUGCUUCAUAUUUAUUAAAAAUGUCUGUGUUGUUUUGGUCAACCGCUAGUUAACCAGGGGACUACAUAUUUUGACUAUGUAUAUCUUUUCUGUAUUUCUCUCCCUGUGUUUAUUACUAAAGACAUUUGCAUGUAAACAGGAUCUUAAUUGCAUGGGAGUUCUGCUCCGCUGCUUAAUACUGCUACUGCUCAACAGCAUAACAGAACCUUUGGCUGGCAUUCAGCAGAGCUAUUUAUAUAUUGACUGACUUGCUUAUUCCUUUGUUCUACAUGUUGGUUUGAAGUCCCCCCAAAUAAAUCACAAUAGCCAUGCUUAUUCAAAUCUGACCUACUGAAACAGGCAAUGGAAAAAACAUUUUCUUAUCGCCAUGUUGUUUUGAGUUUAUUUCCACAUGAAGAUCAAUUUGUUGAGGGGGAAAGUGGUACCUGUUAGGGAGCACAUGUAAAACCAGACAGGAGGGAUUUAGGAGGCUGCCAAGGCAGAUAAAUACUAUUCUCUCUCUAGGGGGAAGUGAGCUACCUUUUCAAUCCCACAGAAAUGUGACACAUUGAGAGGAAGGCAUGGGCUAUCUGAAGUGUUAUCCUAGCUAGCCACCCCUUCAUAUUGGCCAUCUUCAAUUAUUUCUGCUGCAUCUGAACUAGGUGUUACCUCCACCAUGUAGCUUGUCUAUUGGUGAAAUAGGCCAAUAUCAGUUUUUUAAUUUGGAGAGGAUCAAUAAUUUUAUUGGUGCUUGUCUACAGUGAUUUUUUUUUUUUUUUGUUAGGAAGCAAAACUAUCUGGCUACAUGUUGCUAAAGUAAACAAGACUGUGCUUUCUGCCUAAUCUUUCUCAACUAAAAUUAUCUGCUUUAUAAUUUUAAUUCUGUAUUUCUCAGCCAAUUGUUAGACCUAUGUCUGUGGCAUGAAAAAGAAUCGUAUGUUCUGAGUCUACACUACAUUCAGUUCUUUUGCACUACCAUUGUUUUUGUUGGCCACCCAAUUGUAUACAUUUAGGGCUAGAUUGUAAACUAUUCUGAUUAGGUCUGAUAGCACCAAUGCAGUUUCUGGUGAUAGUGUAGCUGUGUUGAUCCCAGGAUAUUAGAGAGAGACAAAGUGGGUGAGUUAAUAUCUUUUACUGGACCAACUUCUGUUGGUAAAAGAGGCUCUGUGUAGCUUGAAAGCUUGUCUCUUUCACCAACAGAAGUUGGUCCAGUAAAAGAUAUUACCUCAUCCACCUUGUCUUAGCACAAAUGUAGACACGUUAAAAGGUUCAGUCAACAGAUUCAGAUAGGGGCUUUUCAAACCAUUGUUGAAAUGUAAAUAAUGAGUCUGCUCAAAAAAUGAUACGUGACCUAACUUUCAGGAUUAUAUAGCACAUAAACAAGUAUUGCAGAAAUGCAACAUAUUAGUCCUAUGGAGGGUCUAAAAAUGCUGAAUUUCUCAUUUUUCCUGACUAAUAUUUCAGCUUUUAAGAAUGGUUUCAUUGUAAUUAGUUAAGCCUAGAAAAGCACCUUGGCAUACAGAUUUAUUCUUUCUGCACUCUAUUCCUUUUGCAUUCCUAUAACUUGGAAAUGACUAAACCAGAUUUUUUUUCAUAGGUGCCAGAAGAAAUAUUGCUCUGAGGCUUAACAUGGAAAUUUUGACUCUGAAAAGAAUACUUUUGUCAGAUAUAUAAUCCUGCUGAAGAUAGGGUGGGCAUAUAACCCUCCUCCCUGCUGUAAUUAAUGAAUGAAGCAUAGGGCUGAUAGGGCAAAUGUUCAUAAGAUGGAAUUCUUUCAUUGCUUGGUCAAGGAUGAAUUCAAUCACCAUGAUCUCAUUUUCUCUGUUCAUGUACAAUAUUCUCUUUAAUGUUUCUUUAUUUCUACACUGGUUGUUUUCAAUUAAAUUUAUUAAAUUUAUGCUUGUUACCACCUUC